UCUAGCUCUAGGGCUCGGGCCAAGGGGACCACGCCUAUUAUUUUGACGACCAUUACCAUAUCAUGCAAAUCCACCUCCCUCCCACCAAUUAAUUUCCCAGAAGAAGAGGCGAACCUGCACGUACUCCUAGAUCCUGUCUACGUCUAUCUAUGCUAUGCUGCUGAUCUUGAUUAUCAACAAGAGGUUUGGAUAAUGAGUUCUGAUGAAGAGGCGUACGAGAGGGUGGACUUGUAUCCUGCUGAAGAAGUGUCCGAGGAUUGGGAGGCCACGCCCACUCUGGACACCCUCCCUACUGUCCAUGCGGCCAUCUACAAUCCCAACCUGACUGUGGAUGAGGUGGAAGCUGUGGUGACCGCACACCCACUCUGUCUGGAGUCUGUAGAGCCCCAGUUUGGCUACACCCCCCUGCACUGUGCUACCAAGCGCUGCAGCAUGCCUCUGAUCAACAUGCUGGUCCAUCACGGAGCAAUAGUAGACACCAGAGCAGCGAGAGGGGAGACUCCACUCAUGCUCGCUUCUGAGACUGGUAACCUGUACGUGGUGCACAGACUGUGUGAGUGUGGGGCUGACCUGAGUUUAGUGGACAGCCAUGGCCAGUCAGCACUGCACUACGCUGCAAAGGCAGGAGCUGUUCACAUCCUCCAUUACUUGUCUGAGAGAGGAGGUCUAAACUUCAGGGCUACUGAUAAUCAAGGUAACACACCCCUGCACUUGGCAGCUUCGAAUCAUAAACUUGAAGCAGUGGGCUACCUCAUAAGACACAAGAGAUGUGACUUGCGUGCUUCGAAUAAGGAUGGACUCACAGCUGUACACUAUGCAGCAAAGCACGGAAGUGUUGAGAUGUGCUGGAUCCUGCUCAGCAAGACACUGGGUAGGAAGAGAGACCCUCUCAAACAGAGGGAGAAGAAUGGGCUCACUCCACUGGACAUAGCUAAGAGGGGACAGCAAGAGGAUCACAGGCUGCUUGCCAAGAGGCUGGAGAAGUGGUCUAACUCACCUGACUACAUGAGGUUGGUUCCAUGGGUAUGGUGGGUCCUCUUCUCACUGCUAGGAGGAGUAACAUUGCUUCUGGCACUGGUGGCCUUUACCCACAUCCACCAGCCAGUGGGGCUUGUUGUGGCACUGACAAUCGCUGUCCUUGGCUUCUUCCUCCCCCUCACCCUGCAUCGGAUCCCCCAUCCUGUCGGCUGGCCCAACCCACUCCUACUGGGGGCACUCGUGGUGGGGGUUGCACUCACUUGUCUACUCUACUUGCUCAGAAUCUUCUUUGUGUUGUGGCCUGAUUAUGCCCUAUCGUUCAUCAUAUUGACAGCCAGCUCAAUAACUGCUCAGCUGCUCUAUUUCAAACUGAGGUGGUCUGAUCCAGGGAUUGAUACAGUUGGAAAGCUUGGAAAAGAUGGGAGACCAUUGUCUAUUGUGGACGUGGCCAGACAAGCCAACAGUGACCUAGAGGGAAUCACUCAUCUGAAGGACAGUGAUAGUAGUCAAGUGUUCUGUGCCAAGUGUGAAAUAGUGAUCUCAGAGUUCACCAAACACUGCAAGCUGUGUGAUAGCUGCUGCAGAGGGUUUGACCACCAUUGCAUGUGGCUGACUCGCUGUGUUGGGUACAACAGUCAUCGCUACUUUGUAGUGUUCAUGAUGUGCCUCGUACUGGACAGCUUCUUGUUCAUCUAUCACUCACUCUCCAUGAUGGGGAAAGUUGGUGGAGAUGACAGCUUUUGGGGAAUGCUGUCGGUUGGUUUCACUGACCAAACAGCUGUCAUGAUGCUGGCAUUGUGUAACUGUGUUGCUAUGGUUUUCGCUGCCAUGAACACAGGGCAGCAGCUUCUUCAAAUAUCCCGUUUAGAGACCACGUACUUUGACUCGGAAGGUCGUGGAGGAGCUUACAGGAAGAAAAGAUAUGGUCCCGGUUACUCGGUGAUCACUCGAGUGCGACUGGUCAUCCUGUUCUUCACUAACUAUCCUCUCUGGUACUCGAGAUCGUCCCUCACAAAACAAACACUGACUGUGUAGCUGACAGUAGCUUCCUCAUUUUUUUGCUUUGGUCGAUUCAAGAUUAAUUAUACUAACGCUGAUUGUUUGACAUAAUUGCAAUCUAAUUAAUGGCUGCUUCUUUAA